CGCAAACUGACCUCUAGCGGAAGCGUCUGAGAAGUGCAGAAGGGUUUCAAUGGCAACCAUCACAGAGUUGAAAAGCGCCUUAAAGGAGACGCUGGAGGCCCGUGGGGUGCUCGGGCAGCUGAAGGCGAGGAUCCGGGCGGAGGUGUUCAGCGCGCUGGAUGACCAGAACACGCCGCGCCCGCCGCUGUCGCACGAGAACCUGCUGAUUAAUGAACUUAUCCGAGAAUACCUGGAGUUCAACAAGUAUAGAUACACUGCAUCAGUGCUGACCGCAGAAUCAGGUCAGCCUGAAGUUCCCUUGGACCGUCAGUUCAUGGCCAAUGAGCUCAACGUCGCAGAAGAUUCGAGUGCCAAAGCAGUGCCACUGAUGUAUGGAUUGCUCCAUCAUUUCCUCAGCAGUAAAGACGAGCACAAAGGAAAACUCUUCCUAAAAGGCUCGGCAACAGUGCAUUCACAAGAACCACAUGGCCAUCUCAAUGCAGAGUCAUAACCCUGAUGGUCAUCAAGAACCAACAUACACGAGGACGUCA